AUGAACAGUACAGGAGGUGGAGGAGGUCUCUACCUCACUCUGGGUCCAGAGAGCCCGAGCCCCGUUGUGAUGAGCUUCGCCGCUAAAGUGGCGACUUCGGCCACAUAUGGCUCCAUCUUACUUUCGGGACUGAUCGGGAACCUCCUGGUGAUCUGGGUCAUUGGGAUCUUAAAGAGUAAAGGCUGCAUACAGAGGUGUUUAAGGUGCCACAUGGUCAGCAUGGCUUGCUCAGACCUCCUCAUCCUAACCCUGGGCCUGCCCAUUGAGUUGUACAGCAUCAUCUGGUGCCCGUAUCCCUGGCCCAUUGGGAACGUUGGCUGCAAAGGUUUCUACUUCCUCUGGGAGACAUGCAGCUACGCGACCAUCUUCAAUGUCUUGGCGUUUAGUUUGGAACGUUAUCUGGCUAUCUGUCACCCAGUGCAAGCCAAGGUCAUGGCAACAUCAAGAACCAAGAAGCUAAUUGGUAUGGUUUGGGGAAUAGCUAUUAUCACAGGGCUCCCUGCUGCUUUUGCAAUUGGUGUUGAAGAUGCUUGGAAGCCGUUCACAUCUGGAAGCCAACCCUUCCCGCCCUUGUCCAUCUGCACCAACAUUUCUGGCCGAAAGGCCAUCUUUGAUCUGGUGAUUUAUGUCUCAUUUUCUCUCUACAUCCUCGUUCUCCUGUUAGUUGCCUUUACCUGCAGACAGAUGAUUAAAACCCUCCUCAAACACCGACCCGUACCUGUUGCACUUAUCAGAAUAAACUCCACAGGGAGACUCCUGCCCACGUUUAAAGAGAUCAGGAGGCAAAAUGCGGUGCUGGUGGGAUGUAUCGUUGUAGCCUUGGCCAUUUGUUGGCUUCCAUUCCAAGCCCGGCGCAUAAUGACGGUGAUGAAAUCCAAAACCCAAUGGACAGAAUAUUACUACAGAUCAUAUCAGACCAUGCAACCCAUUACCAACACUUUCUAUUACCUCAGCUCUGCAAUCAACCCUCUUCUUUACAACAUCACCUCAAAACAGUUCCGCAAGGUGUUUGUGCAAGUCUGA